AUGUCAACAACACUUCGUGUCCUUGAUCUGUCAUCGAAUGUGCUUGUCGGAGAACUUCCUUUGGUGACUGGAAGCUGUGCUGUGCUUGAUCUAUCAAACAACAGGUUUGAAGGAAAUUUAACCCGAAUGGUCAAGUGGGGAAACAUUGAGUAUCUUGAUCUAAGCCAGAAUCAUUUGACAGGGCCAAUCCCUGAAAUAGCUCCACAAUUUUUGCGUUUGAAUUAUCUCAACCUCUCUCAUAAUUCACUUACCAGCUCUCUCCCAAAAGUUAUUACUCGUUAUCCAAAGCUUAAACUCCUAGAUCUUAGUUCUAACCAGCUUGAUGGAUCUCUGUUAGCUGAUUUACUAAUGUCGCCUACUCUGCAAGAAAUCCACCUUCAAAAUAAUUUACUCAACGGUGCUAUUGAAUUCUCUCCCCCUUCCAAUAGUAAAUCCAAUCUUCAAGUUAUUGAUCUUUCUCAUAAUCAGUUUGAUGGCUAUUUUCCUGAUCGAUUUGAUUCACUCACUCUUCUUAAAGUGCUCAAUCUUGCGGGGAAUAAUUUAUCUGGUUCCCUCCCAAGUUCCAUGGCUGACAUGAGCUUGCUUAGUUUAUUGGAUUUAUCUCAAAACCAUUUCACUGGUCCUCUACCAAACAACUUGUCAGAAAGCAUUGGUAGCUUUAAUGUUUCGUAUAAUGAUCUUUCCGGGAUUGUCCCAGAAAACCUGAGGAGGUUCCCUACUUCUUCUUUCUAUCCUGGAAAUAGCAGAUUACGCCUUCCAAAUGGACCUCCUGGAUCAAACAAUCUUCCUGGUGGAAAUUCUGGGAGGAAACCGAUCAACACCAUUGUCAAGGUGGUAGUCAUAGUCUCAUGUGUGAUUGCUCUGAUCAUUCUUAUCAUGCUUGCCAUCUUCAUACUUUACAUUCGUAUAAGAAGGAGAAAUCUAGCAGGUCAAGUUACAAAUAAAGGUAUCCGUAGGCAUACUCAAACAAACCCCUCUGGCACUAGUGGAACAGGCAGUGCUGGUGCCUUGGUUGUUUCAGCUGAGGAUCUUGUGGCAUCAAAGAAAGGAUCAUCAUCUGAGAUUAUCAAUCCUGAUGAGAAAAUGGCUGCAGUAACUGGCUUCUCACCAUCAAAGCAAAGCCACUUAUCUUGGUCACCGGAGUCUGGGGAUUCAUUUGCCGCUGAAACUCUUGCACGACUGGAUGUAGGGUCACCAGAUCGGUUGGUUGGUGAGCUGUACUUUCUUGAUGAUACAAUCACAAUGACACCAGAGGAGCUGUCAAGGGCUCCGGCUGAAGUGUUAGGGAGGAGCAGUCAUGGGACUUCUUAUAGGGCAACACUGGAUAAUGGGGUCUUCGUUACUGUGAAAUGGUUGAGAGAAGGGGUGGCGAAACAGAGAAAGGAGUUUGCUAAGGAAGCCAAAAAAUUUGCAAACAUCAGGCAUCCAAAUGUGGUGGGUUUGAGAGGAUACUACUGGGGGCCCACACAGCAUGAGAAACUCAUUCUUUCGGAUUACAUCUCACCUGGAAGCCUUGCAGGCUUUCUUUAUGAUCGACCGGGAAGAAGAGCACCCCCACUAACCUGGGCCCAAAGGCUCAAGAUAGCAGUUGAUGUUGCACGUGGCCUGAACUAUCUCCAUUUUGAUCGUGCUGUUCCACAUGGGAACCUUAAAGCAUCAAACGUACUCCUAGAUGGGCCUGAUCUCAAUGCACGAGUUGCCGAUUACUGCCUCCAUCGGCUCAUGACUCAAGCCGGCACCAUUGAACAGAUACUUGAUGCCGGGAUCUUGGGUUACCGUGCACCAGAGUUGGCUGCUUCCAAGAAACCACUUCCCUCCUUCAAGUCAGAUGUUUAUGCCUUCGGAGUGAUAAUGUUAGAGCUUUUAACUGGAAGAUGUGCUGAUUGGGUGCGGCUGAGAGUGACAGAAGGUCGUGGUGCAGAUUGCUUUGAUCCUGUAUUGAUGCCAGAAAUGGUGAAUCCGGCAGUUGACAAGGGAAUGAAGGAGGUCCUUGGAAUAGCGUUGCGAUGUAUAAGGAUAUUUUUGCAAAUGGCUGCUUCCAUUCAUUUCUUUGGAUUCCUAGCUUUGUUCUUCACCUAUGCCCUAGCAUCUGACCCAAGCUCACUUCAAGAUUUCUGUGUGGCAGAGGCAAAUAGCAAUGUGAUGGUGAAUGGUGUGGCUUGCAAGGAUCCCAAGAAGGUUGAAGCUAAUGAUUUCUCUUUCAGUGGACUUCACUUGGCAGGCAAUACAUCAAAUCCAGUAGGGUCUAGGGUAACCACAGUUAACGUAGUCCAAAUACCAGGGCUUAAUUCUCUUGGAAUCUCUCUUGUUCGCAUUGACUAUGCACCAUGGGGCAUCAACCCUCCACACACACACCCUCGGGCCACCGAGAUCUUGACAGUCCUCGAAGGUAGUCUUGAGGUUGGAUUUGUGACAUCCAACCCUGAAAACCGUCUCAUCACAAAAGUUCUGCAAAAGGGUGAUGUGUUUGUGUUUCCUAUUGGUCUUGUUCAUUACCAAAGGAAUAUGGGAAAUGCUAAUGUCGUUGCCAUUGCAGCUUUGAGCAGCCAGAAUCCAGGUGUGAUUACCAUUGCAAAUGCAGUGUUUGGUUCUACCCCAGAGAUCCCUAAUGACAUUCUUGUGAGGGCUUUCCAGUUGGAUAAGAAUGUUGUCAGUUACCUUCAAUCAAAGUUCUAA